AUGAGCGCCUCUCAGCCUCCCCUGCAGGCCGCCAGCUCGCUCAAACGCAAAGCCUCCACCGAGCUCCCGUCCGACUACCAGCGCGCUGUCGAUACUCUAGAGCCCUUCGAUCAACAUGGGGUGUACAUGGCGACUCUGUACGAAGAAGCAUACGCAGAGACAACUGCUGAAAUCAAGAAGCUUCUACGGACCUACGCCUCAGCUGCUGCGGGUUGUGCUGCCUCUAAUAAUGCCGCCGAGGAUUACCACCAUGAUGUCACGCACGAACUCGAGGCUAUUCUGAAUGACCUUGCGAGCAAGCCUGAAAUGUUCGAGAUUAACGAGGUGAAGAGUGUGCUUAGUGAUUGCGGCAUUGACAUUGAAGUUCGUCACAAUGAAGCUGGCGGGAAGUUCGUGAAUGUGCAGUUGAGAAUGGGGGAGUGA